AUGUCUGACGACGACGGAGAGAAGGUACAAGAGGUGCACAAGAUUGACCACAAGUACGUUGGAUUGGUGAUUGGAAAGGAUGGAUCAACCAUCAAGUCCUUCAAGAAUCAGUCUGGUGCGUCCAUCGAAAUCGAUCAGACCCUUCCACCGGGAAUGCCCCGCAUGGUGAUCUACAGGGGCACGAAGAAACAGGUCGCCAAUGCCGUUAAACUUGUUGAUGGCCUGGUCCUGCGUGCAAAAGAAGAUGAGAAAACUGCCAAUGCGGCAGGGUUCCAGAGCCUGCGGGACCGCCAAAAGAGGGGCCCUGAGGGCCAUGGUGAUCCUACAGGGCUGGAUAAGGCUUUAGAAGUUUUGAAGUCAGCUGAAGUUGAGAAGGGUGAGAAGUUGAGUCGGUUUGAGAAAAAGAAGGACGAGCGUGAGAGGGGACCGCACGGUGGUGCACUUCUUGAGAAGAGAGCCGCGGAACGUGAAGUUCCCAAUCUUGGGGAGUAUUUGGUGCGGUCCACAAAGCCGGGGUCUGACGACGGCAAGAGGGGAAGACAGAGGGAUGUUCUUCCCCUGCCGCUUUGGACCGAUGCGAAGGAGGAGUUGAAGUCUCCAUCAAGUGGGGGAGCAGGCUUUCUUGGGCGAUGUGAAAUCAGAAGGGACAGCGUCUUCCCGGACCUUGACAAGGAGGAGAAGCUAUGGUCAAAGCUGCAUGUGCCUCUAGCGAAACAGGAGAAGGUCAUAGUUUUCAACGAAGAGCUUGAACCUCUCAACUUGGUACGUGAUGAAGGCUGGAUCUGGCCUGCGGCCGAAGUGAGCAAAGACAUACGGCUGCCAACGUUCGCACGGGCUAUCCCACGGAAGAAUCCGCCGAGCGAUCCAGCAGGAAUAGCCAGCUGCAACGCAAGUACGAUUGAGAGGAAAGAAGCUACGACAAGUGAUGAGCACCGUCAACAGACAUUAGCUCGAGAAGCUUUCAGUGAUAGUGGCUGGCCUGCUAGACCUCUGGCUCUGGAAAAAGCAGGCUCGAACGGACCCCAAGCCGGCGAAGGCUUUGCUCCAGGUGAUGAAGAGUCCAGAGAAGGAGGAAUGGUUGCGUCUGUCAGGGCACAGUAUUGGAAAGGAUGGAGGAGCAAGACUCCUGAAUGUACAAUUGAUCCACAAAUACUUGAGGAGGAUGGAUCAGAUUCACAGAUCUUUAGCAGCGCUGACAAAAGGAAGAAGCAGCUCGCGAAAGAUCAACCGCGUUUUGCGGAAGAUCGCAACCUUGCGUGUCGCUCUGAAGUUGUAUCCGCUAUGGGAUUGGAUUGCCUCCCGGUUGAUUCCAGCACGCACCACGCCGCCAAUGUGAAAGAGAUGCCGGAACGGGCAAUUAAAAGAAGAGAGACCAAAGAAGACCGCAAGGCUGAGCGACAAAAGAUAGGAAAAUUGAGCAACCAAAGGGUCUCAGCCAACACUUUGGAGCGCUAUGCUGUGGCACUCUUCAAUUUAGCAAACGUUGUGGGAGUUGCGGUUGAAAUGGUGCUGAAUGAGUCAGGACUUGAAGCGGUUUUGAGUCAAUACUAUGUCUUAGCUGCUGUCCAGUACCGAAAGCCACAGUUGAGAGGACAGCUCAAAGGGCCGUGGCAACUUGAGAGCUUGAUUGGAGGGCAAGCCAGUUUCAAUCAGAGGGCACCUGACCCCGGCUUAAAAAGCGAUGAGAAGGCCUUUGAGCGUCGGAAUCGAAAGGAGUGGAACAAGCCGAAGGAGAUUGAAGCUGCCCCCAGUGGUUCCUUGACGGGGCUUACUUCUGCCAUGAGACCUGCGUGGAUGAGACCAAAGGUGGAACAGGAGGAGAAGUUUCAAGACAAGUGCGUUUGGUCUGAACAGAAGUACUCGCGUGGCCUUCUUCUCCAAGCUAAGCAGAAGAUAUUGAAAAUGAAAGCAUAUGAGGUGCCAGAAGAGAUGAUGACAAUGACAACUGGCCCUCGCCCGAAGCACAGGAAGGAGAAAGACGGAGAUGAUCACGAGGAUGAAGAAGAAAGAAAAGAAAGAAAAAGAAAGGCAAGAGAAGCAAAGGAGGCUGCUCGUGCGGAGCACCAGCCGGAGGAGGCGCCUAAAGAACCUGAAGCCAAACACGAGGCAAAACCACAGCCUUCUGCUGUGACAUCAUCGUACAGGAACUUGCCCGGUGACUCCAAGGAGAUGCUGAAGUUGAAAAAGAAGCUACGAGAAAUUCAGAAGAUUGAGGACUCCAUGGCAGCUGGUGAGAGUGUUGAGCCUCUUCAAGCUGAGAAGCUGAACAAGAAGGAGGCAUAUUUGGAGGAGCUCCGCCUCUUCGAGUCUUUUGUGAAUGAAGGUGAUUUAGAGACCUGA